AUGGGCCUGCUUCAUCUCCUCGCAUACGGCGGGGGCAUCGCAGCCUUCCUCUUCGUCACCCUCUCUCUCGCGAGCGGCCUCCUGUGGCUAGCUGAGCUCAUCGAAGAGCAUUCCAAGUAUGCAAAGACGAUAGGAAUGAGGGCAAUCUAUGCCAUCGUGGCGCUCCAUGCAGUGCUCUACUUUACCGACGCCCUGCCCUUCUACCACACCCUCUUCUCCAUCCUCUGCCACUUUAUCUACCUCUCAAACUUCUCCUCCUCCUGGCCCUUCAUCUCCCUGACUUCCCCACGCUUCAUUCUCUCCUGCAUCCUCGUCGUGGCCGACCACUUCAUCUGGUUCUUCCACUUUGCUGCCGUCGCGCAAGAUGCCAAAAAGUACAGAGGCCCAAAGUAUAGAUACGGGCAGAAUGCGAGACCAGCAUCUGACAAGGAGAGCCCCUCAUUUGGAGAUGUGGCAGCAUUCUUUGCCAUCUGCGUGUGGUUUGUGCCGCUGUACUUGUUCUUGAGCCUGAGCGCGAACGACAAUGCCUUGCCUUCUUUCGACCACUCUGCUCCUCCCUCUCCUUCCUCGUCCCAGGACCCCUAUAUCACCCUGUCGUCUCCGGGUCCCGGUGCCCACUCUGCCCUCCCUCGCGCGUCAAAAUCCAAAUCUCCCACUUCUCUCGUCAAAUCAGCCCUGAUCCCCAUCCUCUCCAUACUCCCCUCCAUUGGUUCCCGGUCAUCUAGGCGUCGGUCCGAAGGACUCAUUGCGCCGCGGACACCGACGAGGGGGUCGCCUUUACCUUCACCUGGCAUCAAGCCUCAGGACUACUAUCCCUGGGGAAGCGAUGAUGCUUUUGCCCCGUCAAGCGGGGCGGGGACGCCGAUUCGGGCGCUCACGCCGGACAGAGGUCAUACCCCUCCUCCCCCCAGAAGAGCGCAGACCGAAAUUUCAGUAGCGACCGUGGGCAGUCUGAAACACCCUGGUACGGAUAAGAGUGCGAAGCGGGUGUCGGUUGGUCAAUCAUCAGGAUUGGGACAAUCGUCUAGCCUGGCCCCGGCUGUAGAGAGAGAGUUGUCCAAGAGAAAAGGGGAUUGA